CAUUGCUGAAACAAAAGUAAUGGUAUAAUAUUUCAUCACGAGUCUUUUUGUGGAAAACCAGAUACGUUAAGUUUUUAUCUAUUUACAGCACAUAUGAAAUAUUUCCUUUUCUUUUCUCCCUCUGACAAAAGAACAAGUUUUAACACUUAUAGCGACGACAAUAAGUAUAACAUCUGACAGUUAAAGGACAUAAUCUGACAUCUUUCAAUACAUAUAGAAGCAGUUCUUGAGCAUCAGUAUCAACGAAUUAUGUACAAAUCUAUACAGUACAGUAUACUGUUUGUCCUGUUUAUUUCGACAACUACCACCUUCUGUUCGGAAUGUCCAUUUGAUUCUUCUUGUGAUUGUAUUGUGAAUACGUCAACAAAUUUAACAUCAGCAUUAUGCUCCAAUAGAGGAUUGGAUACUCUUCCAAACUUUUAUAAAACUGCACGUCUGCUAGAAUCGUUUGACGCAAGCCACAACAAGAUUGUUCAGAUACCAAACUACACCUUUUCAAACACAAACAAUUUACUUCACAUGAAUUUAUCGGACAACAACAUUUCAGCACUUUUUUCCGAAUCAUUUCACGGACUAGAAAAUUUAGUAACUUUGAAUCUUGAGCGCAACGGUUUAACGUAUACAUUAAACACCAUUCCGCCGACUUGCUUCAAAAAUUUAUAUAAUUUGAAAUCUCUGUAUUUAAAAAACAAUAUCGGGUUUUAUCCGACUGCUCAAAGAUAUCCAAAUUUGUCAGCUUUGUUUGAACUUGAAACUUUAAAAAUUGAUGGAUUACCGAAGGACAAUUUUGAACAACGAUUUGAAACACUCAAGGAACUUAAAGUUUUGGAUUUGUCUAGUAAAGAUUGUGAUAUCAAAAUUGUAAGAUCAGAGUUUUUUCUGUCAACGCCAAAUCUUCAUUAUAUAGAUAUAUCCCAUUGUAAAGUAAAAAAGAUUUGGAAAAAUACAUUUAGCGAAUUAAAAAAUCUUACACAUCUUGAUGUUUCUGAUAACGAAGAUUUAAAGUUUGCUGGCAUUGAAAAUGUAACACAUGACUUACAAUUUACAGCUAUUAAAAUAUUUAAAUUUAAUAAAGUGCAUAAAACAUUUGAAAUGAACACAGAAAUUGGUCGUAAUACAUGGAAAGGUCUUCAACAUACAAACAUAACAGAGAUGCACAUGGAUAGUAACAGAGUUCAACUUGUCAGGACUGGGGUUCUUUCAAUGCUGCCUAAAACACUAAAUAUAUUAUCAGCCGCUGACAAUAUGUUUUCGUUUGGAAUAUACAUAUUAGAAGCAAAAACCCUAAACAUUAGUUUUAUAAAUGUUUCCUAUCAGUUUUCCUCACAUCAACCCGAGUUAGGUUCCGUGGAUAGACCAAAUUAUAGUAUAAACCGCUGGAAAAGAAACCUAAGAGUUGACUUUCCACUUCCGUUUCCAAAGAAUCUUCGCACAGCUCACUUUCGGAGAAGUCAAUUACAGUACGACAUUCCGAGAGUUGAAAUCAUGAAAAACAAUCUAGAAUACUUGGAUGUCAGCAGUAAUCUGCUUGCCCGCUGGAAAGGUCCAACGGUUAAUUUUCAUCACUUGAAACAUUUGAACUUAUCUAGUAAUUAUUGUUCUAACAUAUCAACGGUUUUCUUCGAAGGAACAGUCAACCUGGAAAAGUUAUAUGCACAAAAUAAUUUGCUUGGGUUUAGCAUUCAAUUUGAUAUAGAUGGUAAAAUUUUAAAACCGCUCAAAAUGUUGCAAGUAAUAGAUUUUUCACAAAAUAGAAUACCAUUUUUGCCACCCUUAUUUUUCGUAUUUCUUGAACGGUUGGAAGUGUUAAAGUUGUAUGAUAAUCUCUUUGAAGAUAUUGAUUUCAGAUUGACUCAAAUGAAAAAUUUAUCCCUUAUUGACCUAUCUAGAAAUCGCAUUCAAUUCUUAGGAUCUGUUGCAAUUAGCCAGUUAGAAUCAGUUUCGCGCGAUCACAUGGUGUCAUUAAAUUUAAGUGAAAAUCCGUUUAUUUGUUCAUGUGCUUCAUUAAAAUUUCUUAAAUGGAUGACGGAGACAAAAGUAGUGUUACUCAAUCGUGAAAACUAUUAUUGUAAAUAUGAAAACGGCACAAAAACAUUACUUUUAAACGUUAAUAACAUUUAUAAUAAACUGAAAAAAGAUUGUUCGUCCUACCCUGUUAUAAUCAUUGGAAUAACCGGGGCUAUAUUUUUGUCUGUUUCAAUCGUCUGCUUUGGACUAUUUUACAGAUAUCGAUGGAAACUUCGAUAUAUAUAUUACAUGACUAAGAAUAGGUUCCGUGGAUAUGUUCCAGUAAUAGAUCAUGCAAACAAAACUUAUCUCUACGACGCUUUCAUUUCUUACGCUGAACAAGACUGUGGUUUUGUUCAUAACGAUGUCAUCAAAAAUUUAGAAGGAGAAGGCAAUCUGAAGCUUUGUUUACACAAGCGAGAUUUUCUCCCAGGAAAUGAGAUUGCUGCAAAUAUCACAAGUGCGAUUCACAACAGUCGUAAAACUGUUGUAAUUCUAAGUCCUCAUUACUUAUCUUCUAACUGGUGCAGGUUUGAGUUUAAUAUGGCAAAAAUGGAAAGCAUGUACACAAGAGAAAAUGAAAAUAUACUUUUCAUGGUUUUUCUCACUAAUAUUCCUUCCAGAGAAUUGCCUUUGAUGAUGAUGGAAUUUAUUGAUUCCAAUUCUUAUAUAGAAUACCCUGAUGAUGAAUUUGGGAACGUUGUAUUUUGGCAAAAAAUGCUGGAAGCUGUAAGUGCUUGA